GAAGCCUUCUGGAAGUGCGAGCUCAAGUUGGAUUCAAGUAAACCUGGGUGAGACCAGAAAGGUGACAGGGAUUGUAAUCCAGGGCUGUCCUCAGGACGACCACUGGAUCACUAAAUUUAAGAUCCAGCACAGCACGGACGGAACAACCUGGACUGAGUACUCAGCUGAUGGGGAUUUUUUCCCAGGAGCAAUAGACAGAAACACCCCUGAAACUCAGCUGCUGGGGACGCCGGUGUCCGCUCAGUACGUCCGCAUCCUUCCAGUGGAGUCCAACAACCAGGCAGGCCUUCGAUUGGAAGUUUUAGGCUGCACUCCUGACUAUGCAGUCACGUGUGCCGACAAGCCCAACUUGAACUUUGACAAAGAUCGAAUGACGGUCCACUGCCCAGCAGACUGUGCCAAUUCUAACUACAUGGUGUAUGGCACUUCAGUGUACCGUGGGGACUCAAACAUCUGUGCAGCUGCCAUCCAUGCUGGAGUGAUACUGAAUGAGCUGGGAGGAGACUGCACUUUGUUGAAAGCUGCAGGGCAGAACUUCUACACCGGCUCCACCAAAAACGGCAUCACUUCCAGACAGUAUAAUGGGAACUAUGAUGUCUCCUACUCUUUCGCAGACGGGGACCUGAGGUGCUCCGGGCCGGAUUGGUACGAGUUUGGCGAGUUCUGCUACAAACCUUUUGCAGACAAAAAGACGUGGCGCAACGCUCGGGAUGCGUGCAGAAGCCUGGGCGCCGAGCUCGUUUCCAUCCAGUCGAUGAAGGAGCAGAGUUGGGUGGAAAGCUACCUGUACAUGGCCACCAGCGACGUGUGGACCGGUCUGAACGAUCUGAAUGUACCUGGCAUGUUCAUGUGGUCUGACGAACACAUGGUAACCUUCACCUACUGGGCUCCAGGGGAACCCAACAACCAUGACGGGUUCAGCGAGGACUGCGUGGAAAUGUUACACACAACUGGACGAUGGAACGACGUUUCCUGCACAGAACUCAAUACCUACAUAUGCAAAACACCCAAAGGACAUUAUCCACUUCCCUCGGUUAAACCCACACAGUAUGGAUGCCCUCAGGGCUGGGACGCUUAUGACUACUCCUGCUACUGGAUGGAAGAGACGGCCAGGAGUUGGUCUGAUGCCAAAGCCUUCUGUAAGGAUCUGGACAGCUCCUUGCUGCACAUCGGAGACAUCUAUGAGCAGUCACACUUCACAGUGGCGCUGACAGACAGGACUGGUUUCUGGUGGAUCGGCCUGCACGCUCAGGGAGGGAUAACUGGAGGGGUCGACUACAAGUGGGACAAUGGCUUACCUCUGACCUUCACUCACUGGGACAAAAACCAACCAGAUAACGGUGCUGGAACAUGUGUGGCCAUGACCACGGGUCAGAUUGGUGGUUUCUGGGACGACAAGCAGUGCUCGGACCUAAAUGCUUUUGUUUGUGAGAAGGCAAGACCCGACAUCACCCCCCCUACCAAGGCUCCAACACCUACUCCUGUACCGGGCUGUGCUGAUGGCUGGUUUUCUCGGCCACACUUCAGAAACUGCUACAAACUCUUCCAUAAUGUGGACUUUUCCCUGAAGAAGAGCUGGGGGGCAGCACAUGAAGACUGCAUCUCCAGGGGAGCCAAUCUGGUCAGUAUCCACAACCAGGAGGAGGAAGUGUUUCUGUCAACUUACAGCAAAGACAGCACGAAGUGGAUCGGUCUCAAGCACAACCCUGCAAUAGGAGGAUAUUCCUGGAGCGACGCCACACCGGUGUCACACACUAACUGGGGCCCCGGGGAGCCUAAUAACCACGAGGGCCGCGAGGACUGUGUAGAGAUGGUGAGCAGCACCAACGGAACCAUCUCCUGGUGGAACGACCUCAACUGUGAUGCUCAUCAGGACUGGAUAUGCAUGAUAUCUAAAGGGAAAACCCCCAUCCUCCCUCCAGCGCCCCCAUCUCCUCUUCCAGCUCCCGACUGCGGCUCCAACCCCGGCUGGAGGAAGAACAACGCCAUCUGUUACUACUACAACGACACGGACAACGUUGACUUCCACACCGCAGUGAUGCGCUGCUACGCAGAGAAGGCCAUGCUGGUGUCCAUCCUCAGCAAAGAGGAACAAGCAUAUGUUAACAGCAUGGUGGGCACAGGGAAAGUGGCUGCAGCCUGGAUCGGAAUGAUGAUGUUCGGCGUCGCAAAUGGACAAUACAUGUGGGUUGAUGGCAGUCCUUUAGUGUACACUCACUGGGCUCCGGGGGAGCCUAAUAAUGCCAACGGAGAGGAACAGUGUGUCCAGAUGAACAGACGUCAAGGUGUAUGGAACGACGUCAACUGCGGGCGAGCCGCAGCGGGUUACGUUUGUAAGAAGUUUCCCGGUGAUGACCACACCCCCCCUCCACCCACAAAGCCCUGGGAGGGCAACUGUCCUGCAGGUUGGUUGCGAUUUAGGAACAAGUGCUUCAUGUUCAAAGGACACCAACAUGGCAUCAGAGCAAACUGGUCUGAUGCUCAGAGCUGGUGCAGAAACGAAGGAGGAGUGCUGGCCAUUAUUGAUGACCAGUAUGAGAAUGACUUUGUCGCUAGUUACCUGAGAGACCUGAGGCUCCCCACCUGGAUAGGCCUGUGGGAUGCACAUGGGGAGAACCAGUACGCCUGGAGUGACGGGGUCAGCCCGGUGCUGUACACCAACUGGGAUCAAAAUGAGCCCAACAAUGCAGGAGGAUCUGAACGCUGUGUGGCAAUAACUCACAACAUGCUCUCUAGUGGCAAAUGGAACGACGACGCCUGUCACAGCAAUCACAGCUUCGUCUGCUCCAUGAAGAAAUCAAGCAGCAUCCCACCUCCUCCCCCAACCAAGAACCCCUGCCCUGAUGGCUACAUCUCCUGGUACCACAACUGCUACAAACUGGUGGAGGAGCCGGCCACCUGGGACGCCGCUCAGGCAGCCUGCCAGGCGCAAGGCGGCAACUUGGCCAGCAUCGACAUGAGCUACGACCAGGCCUUCGUCGCCGGGGUCGUCCUUCAAGGAAAAGCCGAUGCCUGGAUCGGACUCAGGCGCAAGGAGGAUGGCUCGUACAGCUGGUCAGAUGGCUGGCCUGUGUUCUUCACUCAGUGGGGACCGGGAGAGCCCAGUAACAUCAAGGACGAGGGCUGCGUUAAUAUGCACGCUUCAAUCUUUUUCCACGGGACCUGGAAUGAUACCAAAUGUGACCAAGCUAAGCCCUACAUCUGCAAGAUCUCCUCAGAGAAACCGCCACCGACUCCCGGCCCCGGUGAUGGGCAGUGUCUGAAGUACUGGGUUCCCUACGGCCGCCACUGUUACUACGUGCACAAUGAGAAGGAGGGCUUCUCCUGGCCAAACGCCCGACACUUCUGCCAGUCCUUCCGGACUGAGCUGGCCUCCAUUCACAGCAGAGCAGAGCUGGAGUUCAUCAGGAACAUGAACUACACUAAAAACCACAACAUCUGGAUCGGCCUCACCAGGGACGGAAACUUUGGCUGGGGCUGGACGGAUAAAACGCCCGUGGCUUUCCUCAACUGGGCUCCCGAUGAGCCGAACUCGGCCUUCCACCCUGGGGAAGUAGCCGAGGAGAAUUGUGUGGAGAUGUAUGAAGAUGGACGGUGGAAUGACAACAACUGUCUGAUGAAGAGAGGCUUCGUCUGUCGCCACCGCCAGUUCUACACAACGGAUGAUAACAAACACCCCAUCUACCCCACUGAUGAUCCCGGAUCCAAUGAAGCGGGGGUCAUAGCUGGUGCCGUCAUUGGAGCCAUUGUCUUGGUCUGCUUGAUAGCUGGAGGACUGUACUUUGUCUUUAAAGUGCGCGGAUACAAACUGAGCAGCCUGAGCUUACCAACAAGAACAACCAGUAAAGUUGAUGUGCCGGCGUUCAGCAACCCCAACUUCGUAGGAGAAUCUGACACAUAAACAUGAAGUUUGUCUAAGUAAACAUUUCAUUUUUUUAAAUAAUUUUUAUAAAGUUUGAUUUUUAAAGAAUCAGGUACUGUACAUAAAAUAAAUUUGAAUAUAAAUAUUUUGCUUUAUCUUCUAAAUGUGGCAAAUAUUUUGUCAUGUUAUAAACAGAUAAUUCUUCUGUCAUCUGCUACACAAACUUAUUUCAAAUAAAACAUGAAUAAACCAAGAGUAAAUAAAGUUUCCAGUGUUUAUUCAUCAUCGUACACCGCAACACAUUAACAUUGUUCUCAAAAUGGGUGGUGGGGGGAGAGCGUAUUUCUGAACAUUUUCAGUCAGUUGCAAGGACAGUCACAAAUUUAACAAAAAGCCUCCAAACAAGAAGUACAGGGAAAAAAAAGAGUUGUACUCAACAAAUGCCAUGUGUUGCAUUCCAGUGCAGAGCAGACAUCUCAUAUUAAACUGAUUGUUCUACAGCAGCCUGCUGAAAAUACAGAAAAAUAAUUAACACCAGUGUAUUCUGUCGUUCCUAUAAAAUAAUCACUUCAUCACAGAGUAAAUGAACACUCUGAUCCUUGCUUCAUGUUUCAUCUAACUGCAGAGACAACAAAAGCCUAAUGCCACUUUUGAUACUAAAUCCCGUGUACAAACAAGAACUUAUACCUACGUCACCAGCUUAAAAAGGUCUUAUUGCUUUGAGUCAAACAUAACUAGCACAGUCCAGUCGGUCUUCACAAAAAACCUGACAUAACCUACAAAAAUCUACUGAAAACUACUUAUUUUCCUUUUAUUCCACUUCUACAGAUUUAAUUACCAGGGUUUCCGCUUAAAACCAAACUGCAGGUGUCUCAACAUUAUUAAAUACCAACAACUAUGGCUGAUGUCCAGCAUUACAUGAAAAACGCAAUGAAAAAAAAAA